AUGACAGAUAAGAAAUCUAAGCCCAGCAAAGUAGACUUUAUUCGUCAGGGCCGCGAGUUCGGUCGUUUUAUACGGGCCCAUCGCACCCCGGCUAAUUCUUAUGGUUUUGACAAGACAGAUGCUGCUUGGAUCAAAAAGUACUGCCCUGAGUCAGGUGAGUAUGAUAAUGAGAGGGAAUAUGACAAGAAAUGGGUUACGAAUCCUGUGUCUUUGUCAACUACUCGAAAUCGCUGGAGAAAGCAUAUGCAGGAAUUAGACAACCAGGAGGCUUUUGCUGCAGCAUCUUCUGAUAGGAUACCGGGGGCGUUUCCUGACAAUCCCAUCAUCCAGAGACCUCGGGAGACGGCCAACGCCGUCAAUAUUGUCGCGCCCAAACCUCUACGGUCGAGAACCCUAACCCAAGAGUGGAUUCAGCCGGGUGAUGAGCCAGAGCUUCAAGGUCUACAGGAGCUGGAUAAGGCCACUGAUCAUCCAGUCCUAGGCUCAGAAUGUCAUCAGUCCGCACCUUUAGCCCACGGUCUUGAGCCAUAUGAUAAUGCAAGUUCUGUCUUUGAAUAUCAGCCACGCCAUGCUACUACACAUAUCCCGCUGAACGAGACCUAUUCAGCCAAGGCAACAUGGAGAACGCUGAAUGAUCAGCAGCACCCUUCAAACUUGAUGGCCCAGAGUCGAUCGCUCACAGACAGUAUGGGCAAAGAUACCAUAGCACAGGGCCACCAGUCAUCCCGAGCGGCUUCUGCUAUGCCCGCAACAUCCUGGAAUCAAGCAAGCCUUGAGAUAAGCCAGACAAAACCCCCAGCUCGCCAGGGAUCUAUCGUGCUUUCGCCCCAGACAGACUCACGUGGUGCCUCGAGGGUCGAGGCUCCCUUCUGCACCGAAAAACCAAGAGGCGGCUCCAUAUUGGGUGGAGAUGCCCCAGCGAUCUAUCCCAACAGCACACCAUACGGACCCUCCAUCCUUUCAGCUGCGACAACGCCAUCAUAUCAACCCCCAAGACUUCACAUCACCCUUGUCUACAUCUACACAUGGCCAGGAGUCUCAACACCUUCCACUAGUGCAGUGGAGAUUGUGAACUCUCUUAAAUCGGGACCCCAAGGUACGGGGAUUCUGGAGAAGCGAGAUAGUCUAUCACAACGCAAGAAAGGUGACUGUAACUUUAAAUUCGAGGAAAUCAAACCGCCAAACUCAAAGUCAAAGGCGAAGUCGCGAUCCAAGUCUAAGAGCCGUCACAGACGGGAGAAAUCGCGCCAUGAACCAUCGCCAGAAUUAAGCUCUAGCGAUGAAGAGCAACGGAAGUCUCACCCUCGCGGAUCACGCCAACGACGAGACAAGGAGGAAAGGAAGAGCCGAUCACGAUCGACACGGUACCAGGAUGAAGAAGGCGAAUUGGAAGAGUUGGAGAAGAACUUUUCUAAGCGUGAGAGGCGUGGUAAGAAGGAGAGUGACGGGGGAAAGGAAAAGAAACGCAGUCAGAGUAGACAUAGGCGCUGA